ACACAGCAAAAUACAUAGUACAAUACGAUGAUGAUAAAAUUCUUCCAUCUAUAUAUUCGAUUCCACUUCCUCACCACAAUUCUUGACCAAGAAAGCUAAAUGGAGACGAUCCCGGCAGCCGCCACGUCAUCCUCCGCCGCCAGCAACCUCAAAACCGACGACAAGACUAAAGCUUUAUACAAUGCCGACGCCAAAUUGAUGGCUGAGUUCGAGCAAGCUGGGAUGUCCGGUAACUUCUUUAACUACUGCAAAUCAGUCCCUUUUGCCCCUUCUACUGUGAGUACUCAGGAAGAGAUGACUUCUUACUUGACUAAGAUUCAAAGGGGUGGUUUUGUGCAGUCUUUUGGUUGUUUGAUUGCUGUUGAGGAGCCUAAUUUUACUGUGAUUGGUUAUAGUGAGAAUUGCUUUGAUAUCUUGGGGGUUGAAGGUGUUGUAAUUGGGGGAAAAUUGAGCUUGAUUGGGGUUGAUGCAAGAACUUUUUUUACUGCUUCUUCCACUGCCUCAUUGGCCACGGCUGUUGGUUUAAGGGAGAUGUCGAUGUUGAAUCCGAUUUUGGUGUAUUCGAGGAGUAAUCGCAAGCCGUUUUAUGCUAUAUUGCAUAGGAUUGAUGUAGGCAUUGUGAUUGAUUUGGAGCCUGGUCAUGGUGGCGAUCCUGCUGCUGUGCAUGCUGGGGCUGUCAGGUCUCAGAAAUUGGCUGUGAGGGCGAUUUCGAGGCUUCAGUCAUUGCCCGGGGGUGAUGUGGGAGCUUUGUGUGAUGCUGUGGUGGAGGAUGUUCAGAGGCUUACCGGGUAUGAUAGAGUUAUGGCGUAUAAGUUCCACGAGGAUAAUCAUGGUGAGGUUGUGGCGGAGAUUAGGAGGUCUGAUUUGGAUCCGUAUCUAGGGGUGCAUUACCCUGCCACGGAUGUCCCACAGGCGGUGAGGUUCUUGUUUAAGCAGAAUCGUGUUAGGAUGAUCCAUGAUUGCAAGGCUAAACCGGUUGGGAUAGUUCAGAGUGAGAAGCUGAAACAGCCUCUUUGUUUGGUGAAUUCCACCCUUCGUGCGCCUUAUGGUUGUCAUACUCAGUACAUGGUGAAUAUGGGGUCUAUUGCCUCGUUGGUGAUGGCGGUCAUGGUAAAGAAUGAUGGCUCGAGAAAGUUGUGGGGGUUGGUAGUGUGCCACCACACGUCUCCACGCUACGUCCCUUUUCCUCUCCGGUAUGCUUGUGAGUUCUUGAUGCAGGCGUUUGGUUUGCAGCUUUACAUGGAGAUUCAAGCGGCCUCACAGAUGGCGGAGAAGAGGAGCAUCCAUAUGCAAACGUUGUUGACUGAUAUGCUCUUUAGAGAAGCUCCGGCUUGCAUUGUGACUCAGUCUCCUAACAUCAUGGAUCUUGUGAAGUGUGACGGGGCUGCACUCUAUUACGGUGGGAAAUGUUGGUUGCUUGGUGUCACUCCGACAGAGGCGCAGAUGGAUGAUAUCGUUGGAUGGUUGUUGAGUACACUUGGAGAUGCUAUGGGGUUGAGUACAGACAGUCUUGUUGAUGCUGGCUAUCCACGAGCAGCUUUAUUAGGUGAUGCCGUUUGUGGCAUGGCUGCUGCAAGAAUUUUCACUCGAGACUUUGUCUUUUGGUUUAGGUCUCACACUGCAAAAGAAAUCAAGUGGGGAGGUGCUAAACAAAAUCAGGAAGACAAAGAUGAUGGUGGAAAGAUGCAUCCCAGAUCUUCGUUUAACGCCUUUCUUGAAAUAGCGAAAAGCAAGAGUAUCCCGUGGGAGGCUGCUGAGAUCAAUGCAAUUCAUUCUUUGCAAAUUAUAAUGAGAGAUAGUUUUCAAGAGAGUGAAGAUAGUGGUUGUAAACCAGGUGUGAACUCUGAUUCGGAGGGUGCACAAGUGGAUGAAAUUGCUAUAAUGGCAGCUGAAAUGUCCCGAUUAAUCGAAACAUCUGUUGCUCCAGUUCUUGGGGUCGACUCAUCUGGUUUGAUAAAUGGAUGGAAUGCCAAAAUAUGUGAGUUAACUGGAUUGGAGUUGCUUGAAGCUCUUGGGAAGUCACUAGUUCUUGAUGUUGUCCAUGAGAAUUCACGUGAAGUUGUCCAUAACCUUCUGGCCCGAGCUCUUGAAGGUAUUGAGGACAAAAAUGUGGAAAUACAGCUAAAGAAGUAUGGAGUGAAUGCACCAAACUCAUGCGUAUACCUUCUGGUAAAUGCGUGCACUAGCAGGGACUACAAAGACAACGUCGUGGGGGCAUGCUUUAUAGGUCAAGAUAUCACCGCUGAGAAAACAGCGACGACUAAUAUCAUCCGUAUGCAAGGUGACUACAAGGCUAUAAUACAAAGUGUAAAUAAUGUGAUUCCACCCAUAUUUGCUUCUGAUGAGAAUGCACGUUGUUCUGAAUGGAAUGCGGUCAUGGAAAAGCUGACCGGUUGGAUGAGGCACGAGAUCAUUGGGAAAACGCUGCCUGGGGAGAUUUUUGGAAGUUUAUGUCGAUUGAAAGGCCAAGAUGCACUAACCAAGUUUAUGAUCCUUUUGUACCGUGCUAUCAGUGGCCAUGAAACCGAAAAGCUUUCCUUUGGAUUCUUCAAUCGAGGAGGAGAGUUUGUCGAGGUAUACUUGACUGCGUAUAAGAGAGCAAACGAGAGCGGACAGAUACUUGGAUGUUUGUGCUUUUUGCAGACGACAAUGAUAAGUCGAAAGGAGCCCACAAUCGAUAAACAUGAGGAAAAGAAAGAGCUUAUGCUAGGGAAAGAGUUGGCUUACGUUACGCAAGAGAUUAAAAAUCCGCUUAAUGGCAUCCGUUUCACCCAUAAACUCCUGCAAGGCUCGGUCGCUUCAGAUGAUCAAAAGAAAUUUCUCGAGACUAGCAAUGCCUGUGAAAGACAGAUUUUAUCCAUCAUCGACGACACUCAUGUUGGAAGUUUUGAAGAAAGCAUGACUGAGCUAAAAGUCAAAGAGUUUCUUUUGGGAGAUAUUGUGAAUGCUAUAUUGAGCCAAGCUAUGAUUUUGUUAAGAGAAAAGGAUUUGCAUCUUAUCCAUGACAUCCCCGAGCAAGUGAAAAGUCUAUGUGUAUACGGCGACCAAAUGAAGCUCCAAUUGGCCUUGUCCGAUUUCUUGCUAUGCAUUGUGGACUAUGCGCCUUCUCCAAAUGGUUGGGUGGAAAUGGAUGUAUCAUCUGAAUUGAAAGUAAUACAAGAUGGAAAUAGAUUUGUUCUUCUGAAAUUCAGAAUGGCUCAUCCUGGCCAAGGCUUGCCUCACUCUCUGAUCGAAGAUAUGUUUGGCGAGGAAAGCAAUUGUACGACACAAGAAGGAAUGGCGUUGAACAUUUCCCAGAAGCUUGUCGGCAUGAUGAAAGGUAAUGUUCGUUACGUUAGAGAGCAAAACCAGUGUUACUUCCAAACUGAAAUCGAGCUUCGAUCCAAAAUUACAUAGCUCGAUGUUUGCUACACUCUUAACUAACUAGUACGUACAACUAACUGUAAAAGUUGUAGGUAUUUUUGUUCGAGUAUGUUGUUAUAUUUUUUGAUGUAUGAAAUUGACACUUAUGUUAUAUCCUAAGUUGUAAAUAUUAUGUAAAUUUUGUAAGGACAAUAUAAAUAUAAAGAGAGAUUCUUAUGACUAA